GCUGCUUUCACGGGCAUUGCCACCCCAGCUGGAAUUCAAUAUCCAAAGUCCAGCCGCUUCUGAGGGUAACAGGGUUCGCUUAGGGACGUAGACCAGGACUCUCCCAGACCGAACCUGAGCAGCCUCCAAAGUACUGCACCAGCGGGUGCAGGUGGCAGUUACGGGUGGAGGCGCCGGGCUGAGCUGCGCUGCGCUGCGCUGUUUCCAGCCCUGAGAGUGAAUACCAGCGCUGUUGGUUUUUCACAGACCCAGGACUCUGCUAGAUCUGCAGUCGCUGCCCAGUGUCCCAGCUCUUAUCACCAGCAUUCUUGGCAGCAGCCUUCUGGGUGAAAACUCCUGUUUUCUUUCGUUUCACCCACUAAUCCCAGAAAGACUGACACAGGACAUACAGGCGCCAGACCUGAGCUUUGAGGACCAGAGAUCCUCAGCGCGCGAGAGGGGCGGCCGGGUCAAGGUCUGGUGGCCCUGUGACUCCCAUGCUCCUGUCAUGGCUAACAGGACUCGGGGCUGGCCUGAUCUUCCUGCCCUUCCUGCAGAAACUUCUGUUCCCUUACUUCUGGGACGAUUUCUGGUUCCUGCUAAAGGUGGUGCGCUAUGGAAUGCAGAUGGAGAUGAACAAAGUGAGAGGGGAGCUGGUCACCGUGCUGGAUAAGUUUCUGAGCCACGCCAGGAGGCAACCAAAGAAGCCUUUCAUAAUUUACGAGGGGGACAUCUACACCUACCAGGACGUAGACAAGAGCAGUAACAGAGUGGCCCGUGUCUUCCUGAACCACUCGUCUCUGAAAAAAGGGGACGUUGUGGCUUUGUUGAUGAGCAACGAGCCCGACUUCAUUCACGUGUGGUUUGGCCUGGCUAAGCUGGGCUGCGUGGUGGCGUUCCUGAACUCCAACGUGCGCUCAAGGUCCCUCCUGCAUUGCAUUCGCACCUGUGAGCCCAGAGCCCUGGUGGUGGGCGGAGAUUUGCUUGGAUGUAUAGAAGAAAUUCUUCCCAGUCUCCCCCAAAAUGUCAGUGUUUGGGGGAUGAAGGAUUCCGUCCCAGAAGGUAUAGUUUCACUCAAAGAAAAGCUGAGUGUCUCCUCUGAUGAGCCCUUGCCACGUAGCCAUCAUGUUGCCUCAAGCCUCAGGUCUACCUGCCUCUAUAUUUUUACUUCUGGAACAACAGGUCUACCCAAAGCAGCUGUGAUUAGCCAGUUGCAGGUUCUAAAGGGAUCUGUUGGACUGUGGGCUUUCGGCUGCACAGCUGAUGACAUCGUUUAUAUAACCCUCCCUCUGUAUCAUAGCUCAGCAUCUCUCCUUGGCAUUGGUGGAUGUGUUGAGUUGGGGGCCACUUGUGUGUUAAAGAAGAAAUUCUCUGCAAGCCAGUUUUGGAGUGAUUGCAAAAAAUACAAUGUGACUGUGUUUCAGUAUAUUGGAGAACUUUGCCGCUAUCUUUGCAAACAACCUAAGAGAGACGGGGAAAAGGAUCAUUGGGUGCGUUUGGCAGUCGGAAAUGGUAUGCGGGGUGAUGUGUGGAGACAGUUUUUAGACAGAUUUGGAAAUAUUAAGAUGUGCGAAUUUUAUGGAGCUACAGAGGGGAACAUAUGCUUCAUGAACCAUACUGGGAAAGUUGGAUCAGUCGGGAGAACAAAUUUCUUUUAUAAACUUUUUUUCCCUUUUGAGCUGAUACAGUACAAUUUUCAGAAAGACGAACCAAUGAGAAAUGAAUGGGGCUGGUGUCGUCCUGUAAAAAAGGGAGAACCGGGACUUCUCGUUUCUCGUGUGAACAUGAAGAAUCCCUUCUUUGGUUAUGCUGGCUCUUCUAGGCACACAAAAAACAAACUGCUCUUUGAUGUUUUUAAGAAGGGAGAUGUUUACUUCAACACAGGAGACUUAAUGGUCCAAGACCAGGAGAAUUUCCUUUAUUUUUGGGACCGUAUUGGAGACACUUUCAGGUGGAAGGGAGAAAACGUUGCUACCACAGAGGUUGCGGAUGUCAUUGGGAGGUUGGACUUCAUACAGGAGGCGAACGUGUAUGGCGUGGCCGUGUCAGGCUAUGAAGGAAAAGUGGGAAUGACUUCUAUUAUUCUAAAACCAAACAAGUCUUUAGACAUAGAAAAAAUUUAUGACCAAGUUGUUACAUCUUUACCAGCGUAUGCCUGCCCACGAUUUUUAAGAAUUCAGAAAAAGAUGGAAACAACAGGGACAUUCAAACUACAGAAAUUCCAGCUGGUGGAAGAAGGAUUUAAUCCACUGAAAAUUUCUGACCCACUUUACUUUAUGGACAACUUAAAAAAAUCUUACGUCCCAUUGACCAAAGAAAUUUAUGAUCAGAUAAUGUUAGAGGAGAUAAAACUGUAAGACUGUGUUGAUGGGAUUUUCAUGCUCUCUUAGGAAGAGUGAAGGGAGGUACAGCAGCUCCUUGGUUCACAGGCAGGCAGGGAUUCACCUUUAUAAAACCAUCUUAAGUGAAAAUAUUACUAAUGACAUUCAGCCUGUCAAACUUCACACUUAUCCACACGGUGCACUGUGGAACAAGAGAUGUUUGUUUACCUUUUGGUCACAUGACUAACCCGAACCUGCUGCUCACAGCUACUGCCCAGCAUCCUGAGAAAGCAGCAUACGCGGGCCCAGAAAAAGAUCACAAUUCAAAGUAGAGUAUUUUCUGAAUGCAUUUGGGGAGUAGAGUAAAACCAAGUAAGCCAUAGUAUGCACCAUCAUGAAUUUGGAACUGUGGGUAAUUGAUUUAUUGUUAAUGGGGAACAGGAAGUAGCAUUACUCCUUCUUCCUUAGCAAGCAAAAAAAAAAAGUUCUUGAAUUUGAUAAGACUUUAAUUUGUUUUAACAUAUAAAUUUUAGCUAGUUUAUUUGAAGAUUCAGAGUAUAAUUAAAUAUUUGCCUUAAUGUUAAGUACUUUAAAUAAUAUAAGAAAUUAACCAUUUAGUCACUUAAAAACUUUCUUACAUGUGGUGAUCCUAGUUUUCAAUGAAUGGCAUGUAACUCAAUAAACCAUCUUUAUUAAUA